AAUCAUUGACUGUUAUAGAAUGUACAAGAAGUAUAGUAAAUUCUAUUGUUCAUUCUGGAAUGGCAUCUUUUUCAAUAAUCAUAUCUGAUAAAUUAUUUUAAUAUGUCUCUCUAAUGCAGCAAAGAUGUGUACAUGUCAAGAGUGUAAAGGGUCACAUAAUCAUGUGAUAUAUUUUUUUUUAAAUAAUUAGAAAUAUUUAUAUAACUUGUCACAUUUUGUAAGCUGAAGAGAUAUAAAUAAUUAUAAGACAAAAAUUAAAAAGCAACAUAAGCAAGAAGACGCAAACAGACGAUUCUCCAUAAAAGUAUACAAGUAUCAAUCUUCGUUUUAACUUAUAUCUAACAAUAUUAUAAAUCUCUAAACGGAUGACAAAUUUGGUGACAAUCAUUGUUAUUUGCAUUCAUAGAAAUCGUAAUAUAAAAAUAUUCAUGACAUAUAGAAUAUAUAAAAUAAUGCAACUACUUAUGUAUAUUUGUGGACAGUAUGUUUAGUAAAUAGGCGAGCAAAUUUAUUCACAAAAACAUUAGCGCGCUUGACUAAUUUGGAAAUACUUCUCCAAGAGAGAUUCGUUUUACAUUUCGUUUGUAUGAUGUGCGAUUAACAGGCGUGCGGAGGAAGCGCAUCGAUACGAAUCUCGCGCGAGUUUUCAUCUCGCGUCGAGAAGCGGGAAUCCGAUUGUAUGGAACAUGCGGAACGAGAGAUUCGCGAUUUGACAUAAAUUGAGAUGCGAUAUAAAACGCCCCAAACUGUAGUCUUUCGAAAAUCCAAACGAGAAAGCGACAAACGAAAUAGUCGCGCGAAUUCGGAAAAAAAGAGAGGAAAAAUAUCCGAUAAAAAUAAUCGAGAAUAAUCGCUGGCACGAGUCUCCACGAAUAGUCGAAAGUCGUAAAUCACGGUCGAACCGCGCGCGAGCGGAGAGACGCGGGGAAUGCGUGGAACGCGAACCGCCACCGCCAGUGUUGUCGACACCGUGAAGGGUCGACACCGUCGACUCAAGGAGGCGAUCAGAGUUUCCUCGCCUUCCUUUUUUUUUCUAGACGGCACGAGGACAAGACGAUCACGCGGAAAUACGGACGCACGUUCCAGCGUGUUCAUUAGAUACCACCGUGUCCCGAGUGCCAUCGAACGGACGCGGGGAGUGUUCGCGGUGAACAAGUGAAACACAUGUGUCGCGCGGCCGAGUGGUACUCUCCACCACUACUACAGACUACUACUACUGCUGCUGCUGUUGCUAUUGCUGUUGUCGUCCAUCCUCGUACCGUCGUACCCGUCGCGUGAGAUCCUCACGUGCACCCGCGAAUCUCGCAGGAAGGCGCCACGACACACGACACAAUCAUCGGCGCGGACGAUGCGAGCGAAAUAGUGAGCAGAGGCGGAAGGCAGUGUGUGCGUGGGUGGGUGGGUGUCUGCCACAUUCAUGCACCACCGGAUUUCUCCGAGCGCGAAUUAUCGCGAUCGAACUGACCGCUAUCAUCGAUAGUCAUCCGUAAUAUUAUCGGUUCGCUUUCGAUUGAUCCACCAUACGUCGAGCAUCAUUAUACGUUGUAUUUUUCCAGAGUACAAAAAAAAAAUAAUAUGUCGCCCCUCUGUCUGGAGCAUUCUGUUACACUCGUGCGAUUCCGAUGAUGAUACUGUGAUCGAGCUAAUAACGGGACGAGGACACUAAGAAGAUUAUAGCAAACUUCUUCAAAACUUUGCUAGCGAAUAAAUAUAAGCAUGAUUUAUAGUUAAGCCAAAUGUGUGUUUGUCAGCCAUCAUAAUUUACUACGAGUCCAUAUAACUGUCUUGUAUUUAUUUCUGAUGUCUUGCCUAAAUGACACAAAUAUCAAUCACUUGUCAAUGAUGUGUGUGCCUCGGACUUUGUAAAUUACAAAACUCUGUCUCUUGUCGGAAGAGAGAAAACGAAAGUUUGGAAUAUUUGGAAUAAUGUUUCUUAUUGAAUCUGAGUGCUGCAAUAUUUUAAAGCACAUAAUUUUAAUCUUUUAAGCAAAGUACAACAGGAGACCUGUGCAAGUCCUGUUAUCUUAUUAUAUUGAACAGAGUUAAAAAGUUAAAGUAUGAGAAGCCCAGUGGAGGAAAAUGGAUACCGAUAAAGUAUCAGUAUGCGUGAAAAGUCAGCAGAAUGUCAUGCUCACGCAGCUCACGUGAGGGGCACGACAGAAAUGUGCUCGCGUGAUCCGUCUACAUUGCACCCAACCCUUGCCAAGGCAAAUGGUAAAAAUUCAAGUCCCCAGCCAGCUCAUCAUACGGAAGCACGUAUUGAUAACAAUCUUCCGCCGACUCCGGGAGGUCGCUUGAAAUUCUUUAAAGAUGGAAAAUUUAUCUUGGAACUAUCUCAUCGCAGAGAUGGAGAGAAAACUACAUGGUUUCCUGUGCCAAAGAAAACUUUUUGGCCACCCACUAGCACUAUUCCAAAUCGGCAGGAGAGCUCUACUUCUCUUAGUGUUUCCGAUGAUAAUUCGUCGAUCCAGUCCAGUCCUUGGCAGAGAGAUCACUGCUGGAAACAGACCCAUCCCCGACGUAGGAUAACCACAGAAUUUAACUUUUAUUAUCGCCGAAAUCCGAAGACUCGCCUAUGCGCGCAUCCUCGAUUAAUAGCGAAGAAACGUAGACGUCCGUUAGAUCCAACAACUGCAAUUCUCAUUCCGGAAUCAAUGCCGAUUUAUCCGACGAAGAUAUCUCGGAAAUUGAUGAACGGCACAUCAUCGGGCAAAAUUUUGGGUCUGAUCAUCGAUAAACUGUCGCGUUUGCUGGAUCCUAAUGUUGUAUCACCUCGCAAACGUAUACUCCGAGAACUGGAAAGAGUCUCGCUGGAAGAUCAGGCGUCCAAGAGACGAGCCACUCCGCAACCAGUUUGUACGACUAGUGCGCCGCCGACUCCCUCCGCGAAACAGCUGUCAUCGUAUAGUAUAACGAGUAUCCUAGGAGAGGACAAACCGAAUCCCGAGCCAGGUUUUUUGAGAACAUUGCUGAAGCCAGAUGACCGGCAACCUGUAAAAUACUCAUCGACUAACACUUAUCCGAGGGUACGAAUCGAUCCCUACAUUGGGUCUAGCAAUACAUCCGUUCAUCAUCCGCUCUAUGGAUUACCGAUGUUGCCUCCUGGACCAUAUAGAACAGCGCCUCUAUGGAUGGCACCCCAUUAUCCGUCUCCCGUCCACUAUCCGCCUCCUAUGCAAUUGUAUGCACCGCCGCAUCCUCAUCCAUCAUCCCCACAUUAUAAAGACUACAGGGAACAAACUCUCACACCUCCUUCAGAUAUGCCUCUGAAUCUGUCGAAGCAUGCGGGUUGAAUCUCAGGAUCCCAAUAGAGUUGGUGCCUUAUCGAUGGAUGGAACACUAUGCAAACACUGCCCGUGCAACGACAAUGCGAUAUAUUAGUAUUUUUUUAUUCAUAAAACAAUAGUAUCUUUUUAGUAAGUAGAGAUAUGAUGAGAAGCUAGAUUAUUGGAUUCUGGGAGAGCUGUACUUGUACAUACAAAUGCAUAAAUUGUCGAUGGCGGUAUAGGUAUUUUAUAUUAAUAUUGCAAGAUUUUGAAAAGGAGGAAGUUACACGAGUGGUAUAAUAUACAAAAAAAAAAAGAAAAAAAAUGGCAAAAA